UUCUAGGGCUUCGUGCAUUCCUGAGUGAUCUUUACUUAGGGUACGGUUACUACUAUGAGUAUCACUCAGAUUCCUAGCAGGUUUUCCAAAUCCUAUUAAUUGUAGGUUAGUCUUUGGUUCUUUCGAAUUUCCAAAUACGAAUCCAACACGUAUUCUGUAUACCUAUAAAUGUGUAUAUCCAUAAAGCACUUGAAACUUGAAGACCAAGCAUAAACAGUGUUUCUGAAGAGAAAAAAGAGAGGAAGAAAAGCUCAGCCCAUCUUCGUCACCGUCCGGCAGAUCUCCAAAGCAAAGGAAAGGGGUUUGUCCGGGCCUAUUUGUUCAUUACCAAGUUUCAUGUCUGAUCUAGACAUCCAGAUUCCUACAGCCUUUGAUCCGUUUGCCGAGGCUAAUGCUGAGUUCUCAGGUGCCGGAACAAGAGAGUAUGUGCACAUCCGUAUACAGCAGCGAAAUGGUAGGAAAAGCCUGACAACAGUGCAGGGACUGAAGAAGGAAUCGAGCUACAACAAGAUUCUCAAGGACCUUAAGAAGGAAUUUUGCUGCAAUGGUAAUGUUGUCCAAGACCCUGAACAGGGACAGGUGAUUCAACUACAAGGUGACCAGCGAAAGAAAGUGUCUGCCUUCCUAGUUCAGGCUGGCAUUGCGACCAGGGAUAACAUCAAAAUUCACGGUUUCUGAGCUGCAGGAACUCAAGUCCGCA